CUCCUUGUACAUUGAGAAAUUUGUGGUUAACUCCGUGAACGCUAUCGGAUUUGUUCACGAAUAUAUUCAAUUUUGGGUCAGGCUACCGAGAGGGGAAAAGAAACUAAAAAUCCCAACUUACCAAGUUGUUUCAAAUCGUAAUUGGUUCGUUCUCGUGACUUUGUGAGGAAAUUGAAAUGUGUUGCCACGUGUAAACGUGCGUCAAACAUCACGAUUCAUCUGAUGACGUUCACAUGAAAUAACAAGGAAACACAAAUAACUGGAUAAAAAUCUAUAAAAGGCUAUGCCUCCCAAGUUUAGUCGAGUCAAUGGGGACGACAGGUCCACUGCCAGAGCUUCUGAAAGGGUCAGCUUACUUGAUGACUCAGAUGACGAAGAUGGAUCUAGCAUAUUUGCAGCACCUGACGGUUUCCAUCACAUAAAACCACAGCCAACAGUGAAGGAUGGUAUAGCAAAGGUGAAAUCAGAAAUUAAGGGUGUCAUGGGAAUAAUGCAAGACAACAUAUCAAAAGUACUGGACAGAGGUUCAAAGUUAGAAGACCUUCAAGAUAAAUCAGAGGAACUAGAAAUGAGUGCAUCACAUUUUAGAUCUGGGUCCAGAAGACUACAGAGAAAGAUGUGGUGGCAAAAUUUCAGACUCAAGUUGAUCUUUGCCUUUAUUGUCAUUGUAAUUCUCAUCAUAAUAAUAGUUCCGAUCGUCGUGAAGAGUAAAAAGAAGCCAGAAGAUAACUCCAGAUGAAGGUCGUGUUUCAAAAAUAAAUAGAAGAGUAAAUGUAUUUUAUUUUAGCUCAGGAUUAUGAUUAACAGUCAGAGUACCACUAAAUGAAGUCUAUCUAGGAAAUUGCAGUAAGAGGAAACAAUGAGAAAAAUGAACAACGUUUAGGUUUCUUUACAUGGACGUGGCUCCACAGACUUUUAUAUAAGAAUACGUUACAUUGAUGGAACGCAAAUUGAAAAUCUAACAGCUUUGGCCUGACACUUUUUUUUUCCAGUAUAUGUGUACUCGUUGUACUCGUAUAGUGAUUUCUAUUAGAAAGAUGUUCCUCAGUUGUCACUUACAUUUUAGUUCAGUUUUCUCCGCGGGAAGCAAAGUACAUGUAGUUCAUUGAGGUACGUAUAUUUGCGGGUUGGAGUUAAAUUCAAAAUCUGUGAAAGAUAUGAGACUCUUUUUCAAAGUAAUGUUUAUGAAAAGCAUACAAAGGUUCUAAACAGUUC